CCCUCCAUUCUCAUAAUCUCAUUAGUCAUUUCCCUCUCAGCCGAGAGAGGAACCCUAGUGUACACUGAAGUCGACAAGAGCAGAAGCAGGAGUGGGAAGGUAAUCAGAAGAAAAUAAUGUCUUCGACUCUACUCGAGCUUACUCGCUCCGGUCAUGAAGAGGUCGAGCGGCUCGAGCGACUCGUCGUGCAGCACCUCCAGACUGAUCCGGCGACCAGCAAGGACCGACUCUAUCAAAGCCUUCGCGUCCGCAACAUGAUCGAUCAAAUCAGCGAGACUACUCUCAAACUUGUUGAGAUUUAUGAAGACAAAGAUAGUUCCAGAAAAGACGAGAUUGGCGCUCUUGGAGGUCAAACUGCCACAGGAACCAACAUCUUCAGCGCUUUUUACGAUAGAUUGAAGGAGAUUCGGGAUUAUCAUAGACGGCAUCCAGGUGCACUUGUUGUUGAUAUCAAUGAGGAGCAUGAGGCAUUACUUAAGGAGGAGCCGCAUAUUGAAUUUACUGGAGAGGAAGCAUUUGGAAGAUAUCUGGAUAUGCAUGAAUUGUACAACGAGUACAUUAACUCGAAAUUUGGAGAGCCAAUUGAGUAUGCUGCAUACCUUGACAUUUUUUCACGGCCACAUAAAAUUCCUCGCAAACAGAAGCGUACACAGCAGUACAAGGAGUAUUUGCAGAAGUUACUUGAGUACCUUGUAUAUUUCUUUGUGAGGACAGAGCCAUUGCAAGAUCUUGAUAGAAUAUUCUCGAAGGUUACAAGUGAAUUUGAGGAGCAAUGGAACCAUGGAAAGGUUGAAGGAUGGGAAGAGGAGGGUCAAGAAAAUGGAAAUGUUCCAGCUGAGCUUACUGCACUUGAUCUUGAUUAUUACAGUUCCGUUGAAGAGUUGUUAGAAAUAGGGCAAGACAGGUUAAAGGAGGCAUUGGCUGCGUUAGGGCUGAAAACAGGGGGUACUGUACAGCAACGAGCAAAGAGGCUUUUCCUCACAAAGCAUACACCUCUUGAGAAGCUGGACAAAAAGCAUUUUGCCAAAGGUUCACAUGCAUCAGAACGGAAUGGCUCUUCAACAGUUCUUCAUCAGGAUGAAUAUGCUAAAGAAGUUGCUCUACUGGAAGCCAAAGUGAUAAAACUCUGUGAUCUGUUGGAUGAUACUAUUGUAGGGACAAAAGAGAAUAUUGUGAAGAAACAAGCCUUGACUUUUGAGGAAAUGGAAGCUGAACGUGAGGAGGAAGAAGAGCAUGCUGAGAUUGAGAGUGAUGAUGAAGAGCAGCAGAUAUAUAAUCCCCUUAAGCUACCAAUGGGUUGGGAUGGGAAGCCAAUUCCUUAUUGGUUAUACAAGCUUCAUGGUCUUGGUCAGGAGUUUAAAUGCGAGAUAUGUGGCAACCAUAGUUAUUGGGGGCGCAGGGCUUAUGAGAGGCACUUCAAGGAAUGGCGCCAUCAACACGGAAUGAGGUGUCUUGGCAUUCCAAACACCAAGAAUUUCAACGAAAUCACAUCGAUAGAGGAGGCAAGGCAUCUGUGGGAGAAAAUACAAGAGAAACAAGGUGUGGACAAGUGGCGUCCAGACCUUGAAGAAGAAUACGAAGACAGGGAAGGGAACAUCUAUAACAAAAAGACCUAUGCUGAUUUGCAACGCCAGGGACUUAUUUAAACUUAAUAACUUGCUCCCCCACCCACCCCACCCCAUCACUCAUAAAAAUUACUGUUUCCUGAUUGAAAUUUCAUUUUGCAUAAUUGUUUUUUAUCAUUUGUUGUUGACAUGUCAACCUACCCUUCCCCAACCCAAGUAAGUUUUUUUUUUAUUACUCAUAUCCCUAGGGUUAAAAUUUGUACUAGUAAAAGCUUUAUUGAACAAUUAAAUUUUUGUAAAGGGGCAAAUUAAUGAGUUAAGGUGCUUUGCGGGCUUAUUGAUAGACAAUAACUUUAAUGUUAUGCUUUCUUGUGUUAA